AGAAAUAAUUCCCAUUCUCCACGCCUGUGCUGUCAUUCGAACCGCUCGAGACUGUAGAAUCUCGAGUUCCAACCCGUGAUGGUGUAUGUAUAGAGUAAACUGCGGCUCUUUCCAGUCAGUCUUGGCUCAAUUCGCGUGUUUAGCACCACCACAUCCCAGUGGCAGGUUCCAGCUUUUGCAGCCCAACUGCGACGCGCACUCGCACAUCCACAAUCCACAAUCCACACGCCAAUUCCAAUUCCAAUUCCACCUCCCACCUUUCACGACCACCCCUCCCGCCCCUUGAAAAAACAAAAAAUAGAAAGAAUCCUUCGAUACCUGAGCGACCAUGAGCAUGCUGUGCGCGAUAUCCGGCGAGGCACCGACGACUCCUGUGGCAUCGGUCAAGUCCGGCACCGUCUUCGAGAAGCGGCUGAUUGAGGCGUACAUUGCCGAGCACGGGAAGGACCCCGUCACCGGCGAGGAGCUGGCGGUCCAGGAUCUGAUCGAAUUGAAAUCUUCCAACGUCGUCCGACCACGCCCGCCAACACUGACCUCGAUCCCGUCGCUGCUGGCCACGUUCCAGAACGAGUGGGACGCGCUCGCGCUCGAAACGCAUACGCUGCGGCAGCAGCUGGUGCAGACGCGGCAGGAGCUGUCGACCGCGCUGUACCAGCACGAUGCGGCGACGAGGGUCAUUGCGCGCCUGCUCAGGGAGCGCGAUGAGGCCAGGGAGGCGCUGAGCCAUGUCACGGUCGGCGCGGGCACUACGGCUGGUGAACAGAUGGAGGUCGAUGCCCCACAGGUCCCAAGCUAUAUCCAGGAGAAGGUUGAGGAGACGAAGGCUGAGCUACAGGUAGGUCGCAAGAAGCGUCCGAUACCGGAGGAUUGGGCGACGGCGGAGACGGUGUCGCAGUUCAAGACUACAUUCACGUCGGAGCCCCUUUACCCUGGCACCAAAGCGAUCGCGCUGGACCCGUCUGGGGACCUGGCGCUGGUGGGUGGUGCCGACGGUAUCGCCGGCGUCUACUCGCUCUCGCAGCAGCAGUUGCUGCACCCGCUCAAGGCGCAGGACGGCGCGAUCAACGAUGUCGCGUGGGCUGGGAAGUCGGCGGUCACCGCGUCGGCGUCGGGCGUUGUCAGGGUCUGGAACGAGAAGGGCUCUGAUAGCAUCGAGGUCGCCGCCCAUGCUGGAGACGUUGUUGCCCUGGCGGUCCACCCCAGCAAGAGCAUUGUUGCCAGUGCCGGUGCGGAUAAGAGUUGGGUGUUGACCGACAUUGGCGCUGGGAAGUCGGUGGUGCAGGUUUACGAUCAGAGCAAGCUCACCGCGGCGCAAUUCCAUCCGGACGGGCACCUAUUCGCGCUCGGCACGCCCACAGAAGUGAAAGUAUUCGACGUGCGCUCCGCCGAAGUAGUAGCCACGCUCGGGCCGACAGCAGCGGGGGUCUCAUCGCUCAGCUUCUCCGAGAACGGGUACUGGCUAGCGAUGUCGCUGGCCGCGUCGACCACCGCCGAGAUAUGGGACCUCCGCAAGGUCGCCAUGACAAAGAGCAUCGACAUCGGCAACCGCGUUGACCACGUCGCCUGGGACUACUCCGGACAGUUCCUCGCCACCGCGGGAUCAAGCGGCGUCAGCGUCCAGCAGUACCAAAAGGCGAAUAAGGCUUGGGCCGAGCCGCUCCGCACCGCGGUCUCCGCUGUUGCGACCGCCUGGGGCGCCCGCGGAGCUAGCCUCGUCGCCGUCAGCGCCGAGGGUAUCCUCUCCGUGCUGUCGGCGCCGUAGAUACCCGUGCUGUCGGCGAGGCGGGGAGCGAGGGGGAUGAUUCGUGCAUGCAUGUGGAGGAAACGGGGCGGGUGGGAUGGGCGCGGCGGGGCGCGGCGGGAAGAGGUGGAUGUAAUUCUAGAACAGAGAGAGAGAAAUUCGAUCUACCUAUUGGUAAUUCUAGAACGGAGAGAAAAUGCAUCUACAUACUGGGUAUAUCUAUUGGUAAUUCUAGAUGGUCCAGGAAGUCGGUGGAUACUACCGGGAGAGAGUAGUACUCUAGAAACACAGAAAC